GAAUCUGGAGCAGAGAACCAGCAGAGUGGAGAUGCAGCCGUUACAGAGGCAGAAACCCAACAGAUGACAGUACAGGCACAACCACAGAUUGCAACGUUAGCCCAGGGAGCUCCCCCAGCGUGAACACGUGCAUCGUGUCACCAGACAGUUGCCGAGUACUGGAUGUGCACCAGGACAUCUGCCCAGCUGCGUAGCAACCUCAGUGCACGGCCCUUCAGCCGCCCAUAAUAGUUCUUGCGACCUGCCAGAGUGAGACUUCCCUGCGUGACGUGAACAGCUUUGUGCGGGUAUCCCUGUCUUCGCAGCCCGAGCCCCUGCACAGGACACGUGGCUGUGCACGCAGUGCUAAUGUACCGUGCUGAAGUCAGCGUAUUCCUGUUGGCAUAGCCGCUCUGCCUGCAGGUAUCUAUGCCAGCAGCUCACGCAACGUCUUCUGCGCCCACGGUGACCUUAGUUCAGCUGCCCAAUGGGCAGACGGUUCAAGUGCAUGGAGUAAUUCAGGCUGCCCAGCCGUCAGUUAUUCAGUCUCCACAGGUCCAGACAGUUCAGAUCUCCACUAUAGCAGAAAGUGAAGAUUCACAGGAAUCAGUAGACAGUGUCACAGACUCACAGAAAAGAAGAGAAAUUCUUUCCAGACGACCCUCCUACAGAAAAAUUUUGAAUGACUUGUCCUCAGACGCCCCAGGAGUGCCAAGGAUCGAAGAAGAAAAGUCUGAAGAGGAAACAGCAGCACCUGCCAUCGCCACUGUUACGGUGCCAACUCCCAUUUACCAAACCAGCAGUGGGCAGUACAUUGCUAUUACCCAAGGAGGAGCAAUACAGUUGUCUAACAAUGGCACAGAUGGAGUACAAGGUCUCCAGACGCUGACUAUGACCAAUGCAGCUGCAACCCAACCUGGCACCACCAUUUUACAAUAUGCACAGACCACAGAUGGACAACAGAUACUUGUACCCAGCAACCAAGUUGUUGUACAAGCUGCCUCAGGAGAUGUGCAGACCUACCAGAUUCGCACCGCCCCUACCAGCACCAUUGCACCAGGCGUAGUCAUGGCAUCCUCUCCAGCACUUCCAACCCAGCCAGCAGAAGAGGCCGCACGGAAGAGAGAAGUGCGCCUAAUGAAGAACAGGCAUGCAGCACGUGAAUGUCGCAGGAAGAAAAAGGAGUAUGUGAAAUGUCUAGAAAAUCGAGUGGCUGUGCUUGAAAACCAAAACAAGACACUGAUUGAGGAGUUGAAAGCACUUAAGGACCUUUACUGCCACAAAUCAGAUUAAUUUUGGAUUCCCAUUUUCACUUGUCCAGGUGGGAUAGAGACUGGUCCUGGCUAUACCCAGAAAGACAAAGUAAACUUUUUAUUUUCUAAACAUUUCUUUUUUCUAUGCGCAAAACUGCCUGAAGCAACUACAGAAUAUACUUCAUCUGUGCUUUGCAUCAAACUGUGAAUGUUCAAGUACUUGCCUCCACUUCUCCCCCUACAAGAUUAUUUUCAUCAUCAAUCUCAGCGUGAAGAAGAACAGGCUUCUUUCUCAUCUCCCCAUCCUCUUCAAGGAGUAAUGGUGGUCACUUGGGAAGUUACUGUGGGGAGGGUCCUUUUGUAAUGAUUUCAAGAAUUUGUGCUGAGCUCUUUCCAUUGCCUUAGAGACAGAACCACCCCAGCCUCUUGGUCCAGAGAACUGUGGGCCACAUACGUGGAGCAUGCAUGGUGCAAUGAAGAAGCAACAGUUGCCAAAUUGGUUUCACAUAUUCAUUAUGAACUAUAAAAAUACACAGCUAAGCAGCAUGCCAAAUGAAAGGCGUUUCACAGACACGUUCUUGGUGUGGAGAUACCAUACGUUUUUCAAACUAGUCCAGGAGGGGUUUUGAUUUGUAAUCUGUAUUAAGCCCUCCUAGACUAGUAAAAACUUCUCCAUACCUCAGAAACAAAUGCAUUGUAAUGAGCUUCACUGGUCAGUUGUUGCUUCUCUAAGCUUAUGUGUGUAAGUGUGUUCAGCAUUCUGAACGCACAAAAAAGCAAACAUCAACUUCAUAGGAUAUUGGUUGGGAAAUGAUACUUGGAUGGGAAAGGAAUUCUGAAUAAAAAAAGUACAAUAGUGACGUUUGGAAAACAGUCACAUAGUAAGCAAGGGUAACACAUGAAAGCACUACCUAUUUGUAUGCAGAACAACUAAGCAGUUGAAGCAUGGCCAACUGACUCCACAUACAUACUCCCUGAUGACAGUAUCGUCUGUGUCCCAAGUCCUCUCAAGCAAUGAGGUUAUUUCUGUUUCCUUACCACUGUCUUAUGUAAUGGAAAUUAUUGUACUCAAUGGAACCAUCAGCCUGGUUUGCUAGAUUCUUUUUCAAAUUUUGAGGCUGCCUUCCAUGCAUAAAUUUAAUUGCAGUACAAAAACUACCAGGACAACCUCAAAUAUUGAAGAGGACUUCAAAUACAAAUAUUCCACCUUCUGCUUUGCAAGGGACAAUAUUAAUUAUUUGAACCUGGCCAGGCUAGCUAAAUUCUUACUUUAUUCAGAGGAUUUUUUUAUGUAAAGAGUCAGGUUUACUGAGCAAUUUAUUCCUGUAAGUAAAAUUACUCAUGUGCCUCAGACAUUUGCAAGACACAGUUUUUUGUGUGCACUGAGGAAAUGUGAUCUUUCCCAGAUUUACAUUGUUAAAAAGGUAGUUCAUGUUUAAAACCAACUCUGUACUAAGCAUUAGGACUUCAAAAGAAUCACACUCAAAAGGAACCAAAAAAGAAUGUCAAGAAGUCGUCAAAAAGAAUCAUGUGUAGUUUGUUUACUGGCCCUCUGAAGCCAGUCUCUUGAUACAUUAACUUGGGUCAAUUGAUGAAGUAAGUUUACUUUGGGCUUCUGGUCAAACUUUCACGUAUAGAGAUGUAUGAAUAAGACUCUGGUCUGUACUAAUGCGUUGCCUAGUUAAGUAUUAGCUAAUAUUUUUUUUCCCAUUCACUCUAUCUGUUUUUAAGAUAAAUUUCAAACACGAGCUUCUAAAAGGUUAUACAAUCAACGUGAUGUUGUAAGAAGAACAUUUGGAAGACUCUAGGCAGUUGAGUCUCAAACAGCUAAGCAGUAUUAAAAUUUCUAGUUUUCUCAUUUGAGAGGGCAUUCAGUUUCCAAGAGACUUUAAAAGGAGCAGGGUUAAACUUGUAGCAUUAUUGUUAAAUCUAGAGUUAUCAAUAAUUUCCAAUUACAUUUGUAUUUCAAGAAGAGAACAUAAGUAUCAGAAUUGUGAAAUAAUUCAUUUUCACAGGUUUUGAGGGGGUUUAUAAAUGGUCUAUUUUUAUCAGCCAUAGAGAAUUGAUUUUCAUGUUUUUAUUUAAUGGAAGAUAAAUUUGUUAGUUUAGCAAUGCAAAUUUAAAGACAACCCUAAAUUCUCAGCAAUGCUUUUAUAAAAAUUGCCUGAUUCUUAAAGUCAGAGAAUACAAAUACAUACAACGGUUACCAGUUUUUCAGAACUAGUGCUGAAGUAGAAAUGUUAAUAACGCAGGAGUCAUUCAUAUAAAACAUGAAAAUCAUGAUGGCCUGAUUUACAGAGUUAUAUGGAAUGGUUCUUCCAGCUUUGAGAAGCACGGAAAAUGCUGUCUGUGCCUACAUUAAGGCUGUUUCUUUUGUAGAAACAUCUAUUUGCAAAAAUUUGAGUCUUUGCAGUGAACCCGAAUGAGGCUAGCCGUGAUCUGAGAGCUGUUCCUAGUGGGUAAUGAGCACUGUCUAGCACUUGCUGAUAGUCACUCGGCACAAAGCCUGGGAGCUGAAUGGACCAGGGAGCCUAAACCGGUACCUGGACGGGAUUCUUCUAAUACAGGGUUGGUGCAAAUUUGUGCAGCAGUGAGAGGAGAACUGGGUUACCGGUUUGUCUGUGCGUGGUCUGCGAGUAGUCUGUAGUGUUAUUAGACUAGACCUCAUUAGCAACUAAUGUUUCACUAAGAAAAAGAAUGUUAUUUUAAAGUACAUAGGGAUCUGCAAGAAUCUUUAUUUAUGCUGCACUGAGGAUUUAGGGACUUGAAUUUCUUUAACAGAAGUUUUAAAUGACAAUUAAAAAAAAAGUAUUAGACAAGUACAGGGCUGGCUACGGUUACCCAUACAUGCUUUACUAUUCAUAUUGACCCAAAAAGGGAAAGAAUAUGACACAGGAAUCCAUUCAUAUGUUAUUUACCAAGUAGUGAGGUUGGGGUAAUCAGCUUCUAUAAACUAAGGCCAUUUGGAAAUAGGACGGGAAUUAUGCUGGCAGGGGGGAGGGAGGGUUAGUUUUAUAUCUCACAGUUGUGAGUUUUCAAGAAUUGAUAGCCUGUUUUACCUGAAGAGAGGGUUAGAAAGGGCUAGAUCCAUUAUGUUCAUAAUAAACAAGAAUUUAUUUGAAAUAUAAUUUUUGUAAUGUCAUUGUUUUGCAAAACAACAGCACCGAUCAGGCAGUUAAGAUAUUGUCAGAGGUGCUCUUUUAAUUUAGAUAUUCUUGGAAAAUACAUAUGUAUAAUAUAUGUACAUAUAUAUAUAUACACACAGUAUAUAAUCUACAGCUCUGAGAGCUUUUAAGUCAGGAAUGCUGAGUAUUAUAGUAUAUGGAGGUCAGAAAAAAUUUUUACUUUUCUGUGUGUGUCUGGGUGUGUGUGGAUGUGUGCGCGUGUGUGAAAGCUUCCCCCACCCCAGUAGUUCUGGGCUGCAUUAUUCUAGCGCUUAUUACUGAUUUGUUUUGUGCUGUUUCUCAGUUAUCCAUUUUCAAGAAUUUUAUUCAUCUUUCAUGGCUUUUGUGAGGUUUGUUUUUGUUUUUUAUUGAUGGAGAUUUUUGAAAUUAUGUAAACAUUUGUUUUACAACAACCACCACCCCCCAGAAUAAUUCACUUCUGUGCUUUUUCUCUUUGGCAGCUAUAUAUCAAAGGCAAAACAAUUGGAAAGGUUGUUAAGAUGUUAUUUUCUAAAGGAACCACUGGUAAGACUUCUGUUUUCCUCCUGGGGUAGUGGCGAUGCAUUUUUAUUUAAGCAGCAAUUUCACCAGAAUCAGGUAGUUGCCAGCACCAUUGCUUGUAUCUGAAAGCACAAUUUUAGCCUGUCCUGCUCGUCAGGACUAUACAGACAUCUGUAGGUUCCGGCUCUUCUGUAGUUGGCAUUUGCGUUGCAGACCACUGUCUUCUCUGGUACUUAUACAUUGAUCAGAAAAUUGGUGGGGUGUUUGGAAUCAUUAAGAGGCUCAGGAAAAAAAAAAAGUUAGAUUUAAUAAGGAAAAACAGCCCUGAUAGUUUCUGAUCUAAAUUUGUACUACAGUGUUUUUUUUAAAAUCUGGGCUUCCAGUAGACUGCAGCUACAAGUAGUCAUCUGUUAGCAAAAACUGGCCUCUGCUUUUCUAUUUUAUAUUUUUUUAAUUUAUGACAGCCAGUGCUUUUUGUGGGUUAAAGACAAGUCUCCCCAUCAAAGCAAGUUCAUUAUCAGUGGUUGCAAAUCUGUGACAAUUCAUAGAGGAUUUCAUUGGUUUUCUAAGACCCUGUUUUUAUUGUCAUUAUUUCACCCUGAAUCUGGUUAGUGAUGUAACAUUUGCCAAUGAUCUAACCAAAAAGGUCAUGUAUUUAUUUUUGUUACACUAUAUUCUUUGUAAAUGUUUAAUUAAAAUGUGCACUUUUAAAAAAAAAAACCACAGAACAAAAAAAAAGAGCAAUUGGGUUUGCUUGAGAAGCUUCCUGGCACAAUUGUUGUAAUCCUGCUGCCUGCACACAAUUCACUCCUCUCCCCGCAGCAGUCGACUCCUUCGCAAAUUUAACUUGCUAAUCAGCACCUGGCGCCCAGCAGGCAUUACUUCAAAAUGGCAGGAGAUCUGAACUGGCAGUACUGAAGACUGGAAAGAAUUAAGUGUGUGGUGUCUCAGAGCAGUAUGUACGGGAUGGAUGUGAAAUUAUUUUUAGAAUAGAACUAGUUCAGUGAUCCCAAGUGGGAAAGGGAGGUUAAUUUGGAAGGAAAGCUAAACUAUUUUCCAGUCACUUUAUUCCCCUUUUCUUAAUUUGAGAUUUGGCUGCAAAUUUUACAAGCUGCAUUCCAAGAAAAUAAAUCAAAAGGCUUUCCAAUUCUUUUGACACCAGGAAGUAAAGGUACGUUGACAAUGUGUCACCCUGCUUUAAAAGCCAAAAAAAGCACAACCACCUUUCUUUUGCAGGAACAAUGAUAAUUUAGCUAUAACCCUGAAAUCUGUCACUGUGAGCAGGUGUUAAAAGCAUACAGUACAUUGAUGGUUCUCUGUACUGUGCCUGGGAACUCGUUUCCUUGAGCUUUUGAAUUUGUUAGCUGUAAAAGACAUUUUGCAGAAACCUGAAUGUAUCAUGAAGCUUAGUCGGUCUGGGAGGAGCCAGGCUGAUGGAGAGAAACAGGGUGCUGAAAUCUUAUCUACUGCGUGCUUGUGACAGGUUCAGGUCUGUGGAUGGAUAUGGCUUAAAUCCAUACAUCUUUGGGGAAAAGGGACCAGAUCCAGCUGGUAUAGAGGGUUUGCGUUUUGAGCGUUUUGCCUUGGAAUGUUUUUUAAAUGUAUUUAAGCUCUGGCCCGCAAAGAGACUUGCUUGGGCUAGUUUGUGUAGCACAAAUUGGUGAGUUCAGGUCUCGCUUUCACCAGCGAGAGGCAGGAGAAGUCAGCUGUCCUCAGGAGCUGGAAGGGGCCAGGGGCAGGCUGUAAUGAUCCACGGUUGGCGCACUUCAUAAGCUGACCACUUACUGUACUCACGACUUGGGAGCGGUGGGUUCACUCGGUCUCGCCCUCAGCUAUGUAUUUCUCUAAAUUAGGGGGUCGCUGAGGGAGAGCACGGAAGGAAGGCCUUCAGCCAGUUAGUUAUCUGGAAAUGGCCACUCAAGAGCUGAGGACGUUCAGAUGCUCUCCACAAGUUGUGUUUUAUCCAGGUGCCACUCCAUUUUUUUUUUGUGUGUGUAAUGACAUUUAUUUAUAUUAAAACAUUAAUUUUUAAAAGUUCUAGAGCUUUGAGUUUGUAUGAGAUUUGAAACUGUGCUGUUUAUAUGGACUUCCAGGAAUGGGAUGGGGAACAGGGCAAGAAGAGGUGCUAGUUGGCAGCCAACCCCUCCACAGACUUGUCCACAGAUUGGUUGUUCACUUCAAAAAUGAGUUUUUUCUAUGCUAGAUUUAUAAUUUGAAAUUGUUUUGGAACAAUGUUUUUCAGGGAAGCUUUCAUAGCGAGGGUUAUUAUUCUCCCUUUGUAAUGUAAGCUGGAAAGAGAAAGUUCACCUCAUCUGCAUUUCAGAUUCUUUACCCAAAACCAUGUCAGCACAGAACAGGGUAUUUGAGCUCAACUCCCACAUACUUGUGGAAGUUAAAAAAUUAAAAUCAAUUAUUGGGGAAAAUAAAUUCUUAUUUACAUUUCCUCAGAAAUCUAGAAACAUCCCUGUUGUGUUUGGGUUUUUUUUUUACUUAUUUUUUGUGCUUUAUCUGUGUUUAAAAAAAAUGUACUGGGUUAUAAUGCAUUUUAUUAACACUAUGUACAUAUUAGCUGCUUUGUGUUUCAGAAUGGUAGUAAUUGCUUUGUAUAUUAAAGUGAUUCUUGUGAAUUUGUGAA